AUGUGUAAAAGUAGUAGACGUUUGGACGGGCAGGUAGUGGUCAUUACCGGUGCCAAUACGGGCAUCGGUAAGGAAACGGCUUAUGAACUGUCAUUACGUGGGGCUAAGAUAAUCAUGGGAUGUAGGGAUGAGCGUCGGGCACAGGUAGCUAUUGACGAUAUAAAGCGGCGAAACUCAAAGGCGGACAUAAUAUGCCAUAAACUGGACUUAUCUUCACUACAAUCUGUGCGACAAUUCUGUGAACAAGUCGUGCGAAAUGAGACCAAAAUAGAUGUCCUCAUCAAUAACGCCGGCGUUGCCUUCAUGGACUCCCAAACAGUGGAUGGCUUUGAGAUGGCUUUUGGUACCAAUCACCUUGGGCACUUCCUAUUAACCCUCCAAUUAUUACCACUAAUUAAAAAGGCCCCAAAAGCCCGGAUCAUAAACCUUUCAUCAGCCAUACAUAUGACGGGAAAAAUACACUUUGAAAACAUAAACCUCCGUAACGGCGCCUACACCGACAAUAAAGCCUACGCCCAGAGUAAGCUGGCUAAUAUAUUAUUCACCAAGGAGCUAGCCAAACGACUAGGCUCAGACUCGACUAUUAAUGUGUACGCCGUGCACCCUGGUGGCAUACGCACCGAGUUGGCUAGAAACGUGAGCGGGGUCACGAAGUUUAUGAUCACGGUGCUUUUGAAAAGAUUUCUAAUUGAUGUAAAUCAGGGCAGUCAGACUACCCUGCACUGUGCGCUCGACGAGUCACUGGAUAAUGAGACGGGUCAUUACUAUGCCAAUUGCUUACGAGUGGACGACAUGUUUGCGAACGCGACGGACGAUAGGAGUGCCCAACAGUUGUGGCAAUUGAGCGCCGAUUGGGUUAAACUCGAGGAUCGCUAUAAACUGUAA